UCAGUGGCGUCAGCAACUGCUACUACCAUUACUACUUCCCUGCUUCGUAGUCGAACUUGAACCGCCAUGGCUCCAAAGAAGAAGAAGGGAAAGAAGUCGCGCGGGAAAGCCCUGAGUGAAGAAGAAAAACUCGUACGUGCAGAGAUGCUUGCCCUGCAGGGUGAAGAGGAGAGGAAGAGGCGUGCGGAGGAGUUCCGGCAAAAAAUGAAGGCCAAAGAGGACCGGGAGAAGAGAUAUGCGCACAUCAAUAUGCUGAAGAUCCAUACACAAUGGCGAAAGUUCAUUCGCUGCUCAAAGGUUGAGGCGAUGCAUAGGGAAAUUGAGAUCUUAAGUCAAGAGCAUGAGCGGCAGUGUCUGGAGGAGCUGGAUGAUCGGAACUACAGCUAUGGUGACGAUUGGGGCUUGGCUGCUAUCUGCUGAUGACCUUGGUCCCGAUGGUUUGCGAAUGGACGAGGGCAGAACGAUCCUGGUCGGUGUUGGGGCUUGGUCGCGCUGCCCUGUAAGUCGAGCUGCAUGGGGGUAUGAGACCUGGUAGAGAGAUCUGGGGAGUUGUCGAGGGUGGAAGGCACUCUAGUGUCUAUUGGCGAGCUGGUUGUUGAUGAAGCUCUUGCUUAUGCUCUUCAGCAUACCCGCAUGCAUUCACGCUGCAGAGCCUUGAACAUGUUUAUUCGCGGGCCUUGCUCUGGCCAAUGGACAACCGAUUCAGGACCAGACAGCCUUUUCGUUUCUCAGAUUCUCCAACAUCUUCGCUUUGUUGUAGAAAACACUUUUCUGUAUACUAGAGAUGACACUCUUCGAAAGCAAAUCAUUGRUAUUCCAAUGGGAACAAAUGCUGGCCCAUAAA